GCCCGGGUGGGCGGAGAUAGUACGGCCCCUGCUGACUCUUAAUCUGCCUCUGUGGCGUGUGUUCAACUGCUUCUACGCCAUCAUUGAAAAGUUCAUACCCCAUCCUCAAGGCAAUCAGGCCAAGAUACCCUACCAACUGUUCCGUAUGCUGUUACAGUACCACGACCCGGAGCUGAGUCACUUCAUGGACUCAAAACGUGUGGAUCCUCGCAGCUAUCUAUACUCGUGG